UCUGAUCCCAGAAUAAGAAAGUGAGUUUACAGCCAAUCACAUUUUAUGUUUAUUUCCUGAUAGUGAUUGGCUGCAAGUUCAGCACAUGUUUACAUGCUGUUUAGAUAAGUGGGACCCCAGUAAGGAGAUGUGGGGGUUCAGCUCAUGUAUCUUUGAUAAGGAAUAUUAAUUCUAAUGGACAAUGUUAGGCUGGGAGAAACAGUCCUGCUCUCUUGCACACCUCAAUAAAACCACACUGACAAAAACAUGGGACAGAUUUAUAUAUUUGAGUUGUCUGCCACAUGUCAUCUGUCUCCAUUUCCUGUUCUUUAGACCAAGUGACCAACGCAGAAAAUAUUCCCCCGGACCAGAAACCGCUUUCAGAGACUUGUGUAAAUGCUGGUCUGCCAGGCGGAUGUCUAAGAAACAUCGGCAGAAGAUCCUCAUAAUGCAUCUGGAAAAAGAGACCGCACAAUCUAUAUACUCACCAUGCAAAAAACGAAAAGGAUCCAGUACUAAAGAUAGACACGCUCCAGUAAUCAGGGGCCAACCCACAAGCAGCCAUCAUGGCACCACCUCUCCAAAACCGAAAGCCCAACUGACCAUGCCCUCAACUCCAACUGUACUGAAGAGGAACAUUCUGGCGAAGUCUAAAAAUUCAGUAGAACAAGAGCUUGGGAAAAUGCAAGUGCUUCAGAAGGAAAUGCUAGAGAGUCUCAAGAAAAAUGAGCAUUCCAUGAAAGUUGCCAUAUCUGGAGCAGAUAGCCUUUCUGGUUCCAUGAUUCAAGACGGCUUUGAGCUCCUUGCCUACCCACUAGAACUGUCCUUACUGCGCUGGACAUGCAAUCCUCCUAUAUUUACUAGUGGAUUUAAUACAAGGAGAGCCUGUCUUCCAUUGUACAGUGGACUGUAGCGGCAUCAAUAUAGUGAACAGGAUGAAUCCCAGUGUGUAUUUGCUCCUGUUGAUACCAUGGCAUUCUAUUCCUGAGGAGGAACU